AUGGACCUGGUACACCACCUCUGGCUCUUGACUAGGGACGACCAACUCUGCAACAGCCCUAAGAAGGAUGGUGCCAAGCGGGUUUUAGACAUCGGUACUGGCACAGGGAUUUGGGUACUGGCACAGGGAUUUGGGCUCUGGACUACGCGGACGAUCAUCCUGACGCAACUUGUACCUCCCAAUUGCACCUUCGAGGUUGACGACGUCGAGAAAGAGUGGACCUGGACGCAGCCUUUCGAUUUCAUCUUUAUCAGAUCUAUGAUUGGGAGUUUCUCCAGCUGGGAAAACAUCAUUGCCAAAGCCUACCAAAACCUCGAGCCAGGCGGCUACAUCGAGCUCCAGGACAGCGUCUUCCCACUCAAGUGCCAAGAUGGCACAAUGACUGAUGACUUCAAGCCAUACAAGUGGACGAAGCUGCUUAUAGAGGCCACAGAAAUAACCGGCCGCCCGAUCACUGUUGCCCCUAGCUUAAAGAAGAUGCUAGAGGAUGCCGGCUUUGUCGACGUAGUAGAAAAGAGGGAAAUAUGGCCUUUCACCCCGUGGGCCAAGGACCAGAAGCACAAGGACCUUGGGUUCUGGACGCAGGAGUCUGCCUUUAUGGGGAUCGAGGCGGUAUCGAUGGCUCUCUUUACUCGCGUGCUUGGAUGGUCACAGGCAGAGGCAAGCGUCUUCUGCGCCGAAGUCAGGAACGAGCACAAGAACUCGAACGUUCGUGCAUACUACGAUGUGUAA